AUCUAUGGCUGUGGCAGCAUUAUCAUUAUCGUCAUCGCGAAGGUGCGAGCUCGCGCCCCUCGUGCGUGCUCAGCGCCUGGCGUCCGUUUGUUCACCGGUGCCCGCAGCAAAACUCGUUCAGGAUUGAAGGCCCUGUCUUUGCGUUGCUUGCGCCAUAGCAGAGGCAGUGCUGCAGUCAUCGAGGAGCGAGAGCACUGUAGCGCCUGGCAGAUCGCUCGCUGCAUCAUGAGCAGCAAUCAAGAUCCCGCAGACUCCGACAAACCGGCCGUGGAUGAGCAGCUGCAGCCUGUGCCAGUAGUUCUCGAGUCCAAGCACAGUGAUUCUGGCGAGAGCCAACCGCCAGGGCCGAAGGGUGACAGCGAGGUGGCUAGUGAGUCGAGAGCGCCGGCUUCGACGUCAGCAGCGACCUGCGAACCGGGAGGCUCGCACGAGCUCGAAGGCGUUGAUGCGUCGAAGUCCUCCGGCUCGGAGUCCGGGACUGCCGAGGUCUCGACGCAGACCGACAAGUCGCCGGUGUUCAGGCACCGUCCUAACUGCACUUGCCGACGAGGCAGACGAACGGAGCAGGAACUCGGGUCAAGCAAAGAAAAGGGCGGUUCCCGCAUUUGUGCUUCAACAGGAGCUCACACCACCAGCGGGAGCCCUAAACACCACUACCACCAGAACCCCGGCACUCCUCAAGUAUUCGACAAUGAUGUGAAGGCGAAUUCUGAAGGGGAAGGGCGACAUUCGAGAGAACGUAGAUGGGGCUUAACCAGUUCGCAGUCCUUCCACGGUGACUUCGAGGAAUGCCCACACCGGUCGGCAGCAGAACGCAAGCGCAGUGUGGAGGAAUCGCUGAACGAGGCGCGGGAAAUCCUGCACGCACUCCUGCACGAAAUUCUGGACGAGGCGCAACAGCUGGCGCCGACCUCGUCCUUGAGCGGCAUUGUCUUUGACGAAGAGUUGCCGGGAAAGUCCUCUCACUUACCGCCAUCCUCUGACCCGCACUCAACUUACCUGCAUUUCCAGUUAACUGGGGACUUACGUUCGGCUGUGGACCCCAUCCUGGACUCUCUUGAAGACUUGGAGGACGAAAGUCUGGAUCCUCGCGGUGACGCUCGGCAUUACAUCAUCGGGGACGAACUCUUUGCUGUCUACGAGCACAUCGAGGCACGCUGGGGGGAGAUCUGCGAGCAGAUCGGUCAAGAUAUGAACUGCAGGUACACGCAGUUCGUGGCAGACUGCAGGAACUGCCUGGAGGCCGAGGCGGGCGAGCCCGAGCGCAGGCAGCUGCGUCGCGACAUGGCCGAGGCCCGACGCCACCUCAUCUCUCAGAUGCAGGACGACUUCCGCGGCGCCUGCGACUGCUUCAACGAUUGGCGCGCGCGCUACCUGCAGCACGAGCUGCGGCGCUCGUGCACGGCGCUCUUUGACGGCGACCGCUUCUCGGUGCUGGCCUCGCUGCUGCGCUACGAGAUCCUGGACUGCUUGCCGGACCUCGAGAAGCGCUCGGAGGAACGCGCCGCCGAGUUCUGGAAGGAGCUGGUCGAGCACCGGUGGCGCGACGUCGACGGCUUCUUCAAGGACGCCGAAUAGCGCGGCUGAGCGAAUAUAUUGUCCGUCGCACCGA